AUGGUAAUGGAGAUUAUCAUAUCUGUAUUCUUGUUAUUUUGUGGAAUUGCAAUUUUGGUAAUAAUCCAUAUUUGUAUUGUUGGGAGGGCAUUUAGUAGAGGUUUUGGAGCAGAUGGUGUCCCUUACAUUAAGGGUGCAGGCAUGACUCUGCAAGACCUUAAGAAACUGCCGUGUUUCGAGUACAGCAAACAACAGACAGUUUCAGAGAAAGAAACUUCUGCUGCUGCUGCUGCUGCUUGUGAGGCUGCGGCUGCUGCUACUGAGGCUGCUAAUACUGAUGCUGCAAUCCUUGAUUGCGCGGUUUGUUUAGACAGUUUCGAGGUUGGUGAUUACUGCAGAAGUCUGCCUAAUUGUCACCAUUACUUUCAUGUUCAGUGUGUUGAUGUUUGGCUUACUAAAUCACCAUUCUGUCCGGUUUGUCGAACCUGCACUGUCAUCAAGCUGUCGCCUAAAGUUGUCUCCAGUGUAGGCGAUGCAGGACGCAAUGCUACAUCACCCAAUGUCGCGGUUGAUCUGUGUUAG